GGCAAUCAACCUUCAUGUCGACGGUCGGUACAUCACGAUAAUUUUAGGAGAACUUGGAUUUCUGCACGAUAUCGCGGCGAAAUGACUUGUAAAGUCUUGGAAUUAGAAAACAGGUACUCGAGUAACCUUACUCCCGUAAUUAUUUAGUAUCUCGUCGUCAUUGAGAUUAGCGUGUUUUCAUGAAUUCCUCCUUGUUUUCUUCUUUUCUUCCUUUCUCACCAAAUCAAUUGACAUUGUUUGCUUCAAUUUAUUCCUACCAUUAUUUUAUUUCCUGUCGCAUUCUCAUUCAUAAUAUAUAUACACUUUAGUAUGCAUCCCAGAAACAUGUCCGGAACUACACACGAAAGAUCGCCACUCAUUCAACACGAAGAGGCUGCUGAGGAUAAAGAGGUAAGUAUUCUCUCAAAAUUGGUACAUGUUGAUUGACACCUUUUCUAGUUGCUCGAAUUUUCCGAGGAUGAUAAUGAGAACCCCAGGAAUUGGUCAAAAUGGAAGAAAUUGGGGAAUAUCGCUGUUAUCGCAACCAUGGCCAGUGUGUACCGCAUAAUUCACUGCUCCACAUCACCUGUCUAAUAUUAGACAGUUCUCUCGCCUUUGGCAAGCAGUAUGUUUGCACCAGGUAUCAAUCAAAUAGUGGAAGCAUUAGACACAACAGCGGAGGCUGUAAUUGCAUGUCAAGCCUCGUUAUAAUGCUUAGAAUUGGACCGUAAGUGCGUUAGUCACUAUUUUCCAAUGAAAUUUAUACUUAAUGGAAGAUAUCAUAGGCUUCUACUCGCCCCUUUAUCUGAAACUUUUGGUCGAAAGCCCUUGUACUUGGUCUGCUUUGGCACUUUUACCUUGCUUCAAAUUCCGACGGCACUGAGCCCCAAUAUUGCUGCACUCAUCACAUUUCGCUCUAUUGCCGGAUUCUUCGGGAGUAUAUCGCCCUCGUACCUCUAUAAUUAUAGCGCCUGCUGACUUUGCAUAGGCGUCUCGAUCGCUAAUGGAGGUGGAACCAUCUCAGAUAUGUAUUUGCCAAGUGAAAGAGCAGGUGUUUUUGGAUAGUAUCUUCUUGGGCCACUUUUAGGACCGACCAUUAGCCCUCUUCUUGGCGGUAUCAUCUUACAAAAUCUUGAGUGGGCAUGGCUUUUCUGGAUUUUGAUGAUAAUAUGUGGUCUCGUUUUCGCCGGUGUAUACUUUCUUCUCCAAGAAACUUAUGUUCCUAUUCUCCUUACACAUUGGAAGAAUCAACAUGAGGAAUGCUCAGAAAUUGAGUAUUAUUUCGAAGGGGAAGAUACAAGACCGUUCUAGUCGAAAGCCAUCCAAGCAGUUCAUCGUCCACUUAAAAUAUUGUUCACUCAGCCAAUUGUUCUAAUCAUGUCAACAUAUCAAGCCCUCAUUUUCGCCACAACAUACAGUCUUUAUACCCAAUUCUCCCGCAUCUACGGCGAUGGAUACGGGUUGAACACUGUUCAAGUAGGACUUGUAUGUCUCGCCCCGAGACUUGGAUUUCUUUCAGCAGUGAGAUUAAUAGUCCCGAGGAUAGACGAUUUCCGAGAUCACCUUACACGCAUGAAUAAUGGGGAAGCGAAACCCGAGUUUCGUCUCCCCUCUCGCAAACAUUGGCGCGGUUCUCAUUCCUUGUUUCAUUAUUCUCAUUUGCCUUGAUGGUUGAAUACCAUGUACACUGGGCUGUAACACUUGUUGCCACUUUCUUCUAU